AUUCAGUCAAAUAUUAUGCCAGUGCCUCACCAAAUGACAUCUGGAAGUUGAUGUUCUUCACUCCUGAACCAAAAGUCAUGCUGCUCAAUGAGGCUAAGAAGGCUGGCUAUGGUGUCAAGUCUACAGAACAUCGCUUGGUGCUGCGAAGUCCCUUCAACUCAGCUGAGACUUAUAUAGAGAAUGUGGCUGGGGUUCCCAUGGAAGUGUUUAGUGUGAGCACUUACUAUGUACCCAUUUAUGGCUUGAAUAUUGUGGACUCUGAUGCUGCCUGUCCUACUGGUGGCUUGAUUUUCACUGACAAGACAAUCACUUGGCAUGUACCCCGCCGCAUCACACCUGUAAUCAAAGGUGCCAUUAAGAUUUUGAAGAUGUACAUGGGCAUUGAUGGACAGAGACUGGACAAAUACCAGAUGGCUGCCAGAAAAUACACCUUGUCGUCCACAGAAUUUCACAUUGUCAUUGAGCUUCCAAUAGGAACACCUGAUGGGUACUACAAGAGUCUUGCCCCAGAUGAUCAGUAUCACAUCACCUUUACCGUUGAGCCCAUGUUGGAACUGGUGUGGCGUGAAGAGAGUACUCAAACUGACACAAAAUAUAAGGUCCUCUUUCCUAUUACAACUCCCCUGAUGUCCUGGCCUACUGAGUUCACAGGCAAUGCAGUUCCUGAGGAGAGGUUGUUUGAAAUCCUCCUGGGUACUUUUCUCCCUGAUGUGGAGCUGAUCAACAUCACCUUCAACACUGGGGUCUUUUCUGUGGCAGAGUGCAAUGCGAAAGGGUUCGAUGUUAAAGAGCACAGAUUUCCGAAUGGUUCAAAGUCAUUCCACCUGAAAGUGCCUUUCUUUGAGGAUGCAGUCCUUGUGCAUAAUCCUGAACCUUUGCUCACAACCUACAUCCUGCCUAUGACCUUUGGACUGCUCAUCCUGCCUGAAGAAACUCCAUUCUCCCAUGUAGCAAAGGCAGAGGUCUCUUUGCAGGAUGUUGUUCCCCCUGUGAUUACUGGUACAUGUGACCCGGGGUACUUCUAUGUCACUGUUGGGUAUGGCAGCCAAGGCCACAACUUUAGAACCAUAAUUGGCGAGAGGGAGCUCACCAGUAAGCUGGGUGAGACGUAUGGGCUGAUGAGCAACAGCACUCACUUCAGUUUUGUGGUGCCGUACAGUAGUGCCGACUCCAUAUUUGAGAUGGUUAUGUCUACUGCAGUCAGAGCCAGAAUUGAUUUAGACCUGGUGGCCUCCAAUAACUGGAAGCUUAAUGACUUCUCGUUGUCCUGCAGCUUUCCCUUGACCACAACUGAGUGUUACUCUAAUGGCACAAUGACUGCCUUGGCAAUGAAAGUGGAGUCUGUUCCCAAUAUGAUCCUCAGUCAUCUGACCCUGAGAGAUGAUUCCUGUAAACCGAACUAUAGCAACAACCACUUUGCUUACUUUUCCUUCGGUGUGAACAGUUGUGGAACCACAAGAACGAUGCUUGGCAACAUUAUGGUGUAUGAGAAUGACAUUUCUUUGGAUCUCAAGAGAUACACCAGCAAGUAUCCUGAUGUGGCAUAUUACAAGCAAACUGUUUCCUGCUACUAUCUGGUCAAUGUCACUGAAACCAUGGCGUUCCGUACCCGGCCGAGGGUAAAAGAUCCAUCUGCCGACAUUGGAAUGGGAUAUUUGAUUGUCCAAAUGAGAUUGGCUCAGGAUGAGUCAUAUAAGCUGUUCUAUCAAGUGGAGGACUACCCAGUGUCUAAGUAUUUGAGACAGCCCCUGUACUUUGAGGUUGCAUUAAUGCAGUCCAUGGAUCUCAAAAUGGAGCUUGUUUUGGAGAACUGCUGGGCAACUCAACACAAAGACAGGAGCUCUCUGCCUAGAUGGAACCUCAUUGUUGACAGCUGUGCGAACCUCGAUGACCCCUACUCGACAAUUUUCCAUCCUGUGGAGUUUGACUCAAGGGUCAACAUCCCUGCUCAUGUGAAGCGCUUUUCUGUCAACAUGUUCACCUUUGUUACAGAUGAGGUGGUUCUGAAAGAAAACAUUUUUGUACAUUGCAAUGCUGUUCUUUGCGACUCCAACAAUCCAUCUUAUGGAGUAUGUCGUAGCCAAUGCGUGAACCCCACAAAGACUGGUUUAAAAAAAUCCCGGACAGCUGAUCUUAAAGGGUCCAGAAAUAUCAACUACCAGGUGCAAGGUGAACAACUUUCCUCAGGACCUAUUCUACUCUCGGAAACUGAAUAAAAUUUAAGU